AAGACUAACUUACAAUAUCAAAGGAUGCCAUAGGCUGCAUCACGAGUAUCGGUAUUAGGGAUUGGACGUUUCCGGGUUCAGGGCCUCGACGGUCUCAGAGACGUUUCUGUUCCGCAGCGAGACGGACUGGGGGAGAAUGGCUGCCAGUGGAGACAUAGGCAAGCUGUUACAGGCUCAGAAUGGGACUCCGGCAAACACAAGCUUCAAUGGUGUGGAUGCCCUGCACGCCUGCAGCAUUCUCCAGCAGCUCAAGGCUUUGUAUGAUGAAAGGCAGCUGACGGACAUCGUGGUGGAAGUCGAUCACGGGAAGACCUUCUCCUGUCACAGAAACGUUCUUGCCGCAAUCAGCCCUUAUUUCAGGUCUAUGUUCACUAGUGGCCUUACGGAGAGCAGCCAGAGAGAGGUCCGGAUCGUGGGUGUGGAGUCGGAGUCCAUGCACCUCGUACUUGAUUACGCUUACACCUCCAGGGUCACGCUGUCCGAGUCCAACGUCCAGGCUCUGUUUACGGCGGCCAGCAUCUUCCAGAUCCCUGCCCUGCAGGACCAGUGCGCCCAGUUCAUGAUCAGCCGCUUGGACCCCCAGAACUGCAUCGGGGUGUUCAUCUUCGCCGACGCCUACGGCCACCAGGAGCUGAAGGAGAAGUCCCAGGACUACAUCCGCAAGAAGUUCCUGUGCGUGGUGAAAGAGCAGGAGUUCCUCCACAUGACCAAAGAGCAGCUGGUGAGCAUCCUGAACAGCGACGACCUGAACGUGGAGAAGGAGGAGCACGUGUACGAGAGCAUCGUGCGGUGGCUGGAGCACGACCGGGGCCGCAGGGAGGCCGACCUGCCCGAGGUCUUCAGCAAGUGCAUCCGGCUGCCCCUCCUGGACGAGACCUUCCUGCAGAAGAUCCCCCCGGCGCUGGGCUACGACCUGGUCAAGGACUGGACGGACAAGGGCAAGUCCAACGGCACCAACGGCUGCCCCCAGCGGCUGGGCAUGACCGCGUCCGAGAUGGUCAUCUGCUUCGACGCCGCGCACAAACACUCAGGGAAGAAACAAACAGUGCCUUGCCUGGACACCGCCGCGGGGAAGGUCUUCAAGCUCUGCAAGCCGCCGAACGACCUCCGGGAGGUGGGGAUCCUGGUGACGUCCGAGAACGACAUCUACAUCGCGGGCGGCUACCGGCCGAGCAACAGCGAGGUGUCGAUCGACCACAGGGCGGAGAGCGACUUCUGGCAGUACGAGCACGCGGGGAACCGCUGGCUGCCCCGCGCCCCCAUGCUGCGGGCCCGGAUCGGCUGCCGGCUGGUGCACUGCUGCGGGAAGCUGUACGCGCUGGGCGGGCGCGUGUACGAGGGCGACGGGCGCAACGCGCUCAAGUCCGUGGAGUGCUACGACGUCAGAGACAACCACUGGACCGCCGUCAGCCCCAUGCCCGUCGCCAUGGAGUUCCACAGUGCCAUCGAGUACAAGGAUCGCAUCUAUGUCCUGCAAGGUGAAUACUUCUUCUGCUUUGACCCGCAUAAGAACUACUGGGGCCAUCUGGUCCCCAUGAAUGUGCCCCGCAGUCAAGGACUGGCUGCCCUCCACAAGAGUUCCAUCUACUACAUAGCUGGGAUCUGCAGAAACCACCAGCGCACUUUCACCAUGGAGGCCUACGACAUCGAGCAGAACACCUGGACUCGAAAGAAGGAUCUCCCGUUCGACCAAGCCACCAGCCCCUACAUCAAAGUGCUGCUACUCUACGGGAAACUGCACCUGUUCGUCAGGGCCACGCAAGUGACCGUGGAGGAGCACGUGUUCCGGACGAGCCGCAAGAACUCCCUCUACCAGUACCACGAAGAGGCGGACCAGUGGACCAAGGUCUACGAGACGCCAGACCGCCUCUGGGACCUCGGCCGCCAUUUUGAAUGCGUUGUUGCCAAACUGUAUCCACAGUGUCUUCAGAAAGUGCUCUGAGAGUGGUUGGUGGAAUUUGGGGAACAGUCUUCAGUGAUUAAAACUGUAAGGGGGGGUGUUGCCACCCCAUGUUCGGUGCUAUCCAUGAGGCAGUAAAAGGAAUGGAGAGUCUUAAAGCAUUAAAAAUUUAAGUCAAUAAGAUGGGUGCUUUGAAAGCUUGCAGUAUUUACAGUCAUCCGGUCACUACUAAGUACUCAUUCUAAUGCUUUUCAAUGGUACAAGCUAUCAUAAGUGCAAUUAUCACCUUGUCUGCUAUGUAUCUUGAGCCAUUUUGUUCACUAGUGUUGUAAAGGGAUGGGUAGUUUAGAAUUAUUUUUAAAUUGGUUUGCAUGCAGUUGUGAGGGUGUGAAUAGAGAUAAGAUGUAGAAAUGGCCAGCCCAAGUGUCGGCAUAGUAAAAUAUAUUCUAAAUACGGGUAUGAUCAGAGGUGCUGCUCUUUUUUGGUUUUUUGUCCCAGUUUUAUUAUUCACUACUUUUUGCCAUUUACAGUGAGCUUGUCUAAUAGUUAAUGUGGUUUUAGUUAAUGAAAGAGUGUGUUAGGGAUUCAAAAGAAGUGCAGUGUUUUGGAAGCUGGACUUGUUUUUUCAGUUACAGUGGAAAUGUGUGAGAGAAGGACUUAAUUAAAAAUAUAUAUUUAAAUCUGAAAAUGUUCAAUAAACUUAAAUUAAUUUUGAAUAUGAAUGACAAUAAUCUGCAUCAUGUCUGUUAGUUGCAAUAAAUGUCAUCAGGAUAGGGAGGAUAAAAGAAGCUUGAUGUUGAUUAUCUUGAAAAUAUUGUUUAAUUCCUAAUGUACACACUUAAAACUGGAAGUAAUAUUGUGAAUUUUCAGUUGAGUUGAUUCAGAAAUGUGCAGAUUUUUUGGUCGGGUACCACAGCGAGAACAGGAAAAGGGCUGAAUGAGAAUUGCGUUUGAUUGCUAUAGUGGCAAGCCAUUUGUCAGUUGUAUGUUUUUUUUGUUUUUUUCCUCCCCCCCAGCGAUAUAAAAUCUCAAAAGCUGUUAUUUUUUUUAUAUUUUUCCAUUUUAUCAUUUAUCCUGUUUGAAUAUGGUCUGUAUCAGAAAUGCAUUGGAAAUACCUCUUAAAAGUUAAGUUGCAUUAUAAAGCCUCUCUGGUCCUGCAAUUGAGGGUUAGAAACUGCUAGCAAUAAUUAAUGCUAUACUGAAGUUGUUCUCUUGUGAAAGUGCAUUACCAUUUUUUUCUGGCUUGGGUAGGUACUUUGAGAUGCUUAAAAUGGAUGUUAAUAUGUGAGUAUAUCUGGGUAAAUCGUGGGACAAGUACUCAUCAGUAAGUGUUUUGCUUUUCGAAAGUAAGUGUGUCAUUGUGCCUAUUGAUGAAUGCAUUGCACAAACCCAGCAUUUAAAUACAACCCCCACCCCCACCCCCCCCCACACACACACACACACGCCUGCACACCUACACACGAACGUGUAUCUGCUUGGGCAGAGUCAUGGCCAUAGUGCCUCCAAAGUUGUACUCAUUUGUCUUCUCAAGAUCUAUAACUGCAAACUUUGCGAAGCACCCUUCUCAGAACAGAACUGUGGCGGAGAGUAUGGAAAGCUGUAUUUGUGCAUAUGUGUAUGUGAAUAUUGUUUUAUACAUGCUGUUAUACAAGGUAAGGUGGAUUUAAUAAUUGAAAACAAAACCGUUUUGGUGCUGCUUUUUUGACAAUCUUCGAUGGAGUAGAGUUGGAUUAAACCUUUCAGAUACAUCCAGUGUCCAGUCAUACUCAUUGUUUUUUGUACUGAAACAUUUAAAAUUUUAUCAUGCAGGGGGUUAUUCUUUAUCCUCUAGCAUCUUGUAAUCUUGUAUUUGCACUACAUAUUACUAUUGCUUUUUCAGUAAGAAAGAGAAGCUGUCCCCAAAUAAAGAAUAAUUCAAACAGAAAAAAAGGGAAAUGUGAAUUUGGGGGUGGGGGUGAGUUCAAGCAUUUUUGUUUGAGCUGGGUGUCCAAGUUCCAAACACACAGAGGAAAAUGGCUAACCACUCUGUACAGGUGAUAUGCCUGCAUAACAAAACUGACCACAAAUUGUCUGUUCUGUAUUACCAACAGGAAUCUAUAUGGAUGAGACUAGUGGCUGUUGCUGUGUUAUCUAAGUGUGUUCUUCCCAGUGGAUAGCUCUAUAGGAAGCUCACAAGUUCUGUAGUACUGAAAUGGACAAUUCUCAGGAUUAUAUCAAUACACAGUACUGUAUUUAAAUAUUUUACUAUGUGUAAUAUACUGUACAAUAUGUUUGCUGGACUUGCACAUUGUUUUUUGUUGUUUUUUUACACAUUUUACAACUUGAAGAAUAGGUAUUUCUUUUUUCUAUUGUUAUUUUUAAUAGAUGUGUUAUCCAUAUUCUCUGUAUUUACUUGGUUUGAUUUGUUAGAUAAAUGACUUUUCUUUGUUGAAACAUGUAUACCACAUGACAUCUGUCAAAAUAAGUUUAGAAGUCAGGAUUUGUUUUCUUUUUAUUAUUAUUAUUAUUAUUAUUAUUAUUAUUAUUAAUAAUAUUGUUAUUACUAUUGUUGUUGCUUGCUUAUACUCUAUUUUGUCAAAGGAAAAAAAUGCAAAAAUCACCCUCCAUCUCAGUUCAGGAUUACAGAUUGCACAUGAACUGCAAUGUUACAUAUAUAUAACAUUUUCAGAAAUAUCUGUCAGUUUUAAUUGUACAUGGACUCCAAAAGGAAUCUGUAAUCUGUGCUUUUAUGCGAUAUCCUGUUUCUGUGUAAGAGCUUGGGAUUUUGUGGUACCAUCAUACUGUAUGCUUACAAACACAGCUUAAAGUACCUAUAGGUAGAAUAUUUCACAAUUUGUGCUUCCUUAUACUUCUCACUAUUUGCUUGUCUGUUUUGAAGGUGGGGAAUGGAGUAAUAGAUGAGUUCUACUGUGAAAUCCACUUUGCACAUACUUUGAGAAUAAAAAUAAAAAAAUGAACAAAAA